AUGACGAUAAACACUGGAACACAGCCAGAUACUCAUCCAAACCAGAACACUAGAACCAAGCAAGAUGAAGGCAAGAAAGAUCAUAACAUCAGCACAUCAGCACAGAGAAGUCAAGAUCAACAAGAUACCUUGUUAAUUGGAGACUCGAUGACCAAAAACAUAAACAAUGAUAAACUUUCAUAUGCUGCAAAAGCAAAAACUGUUUGCAAGACGUACCGAGGUGGCAAGAUAAAGGAUAUUCACACAAAUUUACGAAAGGACUGUGGUGAAAGAAGAUUACGCAGUAUCAUUCUUCAUGUGGGUACCAACAACCUGGUAUCUGAUGAUGCAAAGGAGGCAGCUAAGCAGAUGGAGGAUCUUAUUGUUGAAGCUAAAUCUAAAGCUGAGAAUGUCGCAGUCUCAAGCGUCAUAAAGAGGUAUGACAAUAAGGUUCCUCAUUCUAAAAUAACGGAAUAUAACAAUCUAGUGCAUGAAUUAUGCAAAAAGCACAAUAUAACAUUUAUUGACAAUAGUAACAUUGAUCAGUCCAUGUUAAACAGGUCAAAUCUUCACCUAAACUAUACAGGUGAUAAAGCAUUUGGAAAAAUUUUGUGUGCAUACUUAAGAUCAAUAAGAUCUGGAAAGACCACAUAUGAUAGUAGUACGUUUUUUCGACAAGGCAGGCGGCAAUCGAGUCACCCAAAGGAGUGGACAACAUGCCUAACGUAUCUAGCACACGUUACAAAGAUGAUACAACAGUAGAAAGUAAUCCAUUAUUACAUAAUAAAAUAGAACAUAGUCAAAUACAUAAUGAAACAGAAAUGGGUAGCGAUUUUUCGGAUAAAAUUAAUUGUCUUCCCAAUCAGCGUGGAUUUAAAUUGGCUUUUUUAAAUAUAGUAAGCUUGCCAGAAAGAUUUGAUGAAAUUAACUUAACUAUGUCAAGCAAAUUACUCGAUAUAAUGUCAUUUAGUGAGACCCGACUUAAUUCAACCAUAACUGAUGGUAUGAUUCAUAUAGAUGGGUAUGACAUUAUAAGAAAAGAUAGGUCUAGAAAUGGUGGUGGUGUUUGCAUUUAUCUACGUAAUUCUAUAAACUAUCAAAUCAGACAAGAUCUUAUACCAGCCGAUCUAGAAGCUAUAUGCAUAGAGAUAACUAAACCGCAUAGCAGACCAUUUGUGGUUGUUACGGUUUAUAGACCCCCAGAUGCUUCAUCAAAUUUUUUUAUCCAUCUUGAAAACCUAUUAAAAAAGAUUGAUAAUGAAAACAAAGAAAUCUAUAUACUGGGUGAUCUUAACUGCGACCUUUUUAAGUCUAUUCCUGACCAUCCAACUAAGACACUUAAAUCUUUACUCGAAAUUUAUCAAUUAUCCCAGAUAAUUGAUAAAGCCACACGGAUCACUAGGACAUCCUCCACACUUAUUGAUCAUUUUAUUACCAAUGAACCAGGAAAAAUAUCCAAAUGUGGUGUAAUACAUACUGGAAUUAGUGACCACAGUCUCAUUUAUGGCAUAAGAAAGAUUAACAUUCGACACAAAGAUAAUGAUAACAUAAUUGAAAUUAGAAAUAUGAAAAAAUUCAAUGAACAGCAGUUUUACAAGACCUAGGAACUCAAACAUGGGAACAUGUCUAUUUUUUGCAGACAAUCCUGACACUAUGUGGGAAAUUUGGAAACAACUUUUCUUACAAGUCCUAGAUAAACAUGCCCCAAUUCAAAACAAAAAAACAAAAUCUAAAAAAAAUCCUUGGAUUACUAGUCAUAUAAAAAAAACUAAUAAUUGCAAGAGAUAAUUUGAAAAGAAAAGCAAUUAUCACUAAACUUGAAACAGAUUGGGAUAACUAUAAAAAAGCCAGAAAUGUUCUAAGACAAACCAAAAAGGAAUAUUAUUCCAAUAAAAUAGCGACUGAAAAGCAAGAUCCAAAAGCUGCUUGGAAGACAAUUAAUACCUUACUUGGUAAACAAAAUCAAAGAACUAAAGUAAACGAAUUAAACUUAAAUGGCAUAAAAUUAACAAGCCCUGAUGAAAUUUCUGAGGGCUUCAAUACCUUCUUUUCAAAUAUUGGACCAAAUUUAGCCGACGAAAUUAGUACACCAGGAUGUCAUUCUAAAGACUUCCUUGACAAAACUAAUUCUGAAUUUACUGCAUUCCAGUCAGUUACUGUUAGUCAUGUUUGUCUUUUAUAACGUGAACUGUCUGGUAGCAAAGCUACUGGCCUUGAUAAAAUAUCCAGCAAGAUAAUCAAAAUUGCUGCACCAUUAAUUUCCGAUUGAUUGACUUACAUCUUUAAUCAAGCAAUAACUUUAUGUACUUUUCCACAUGAAUGGAAAAUUGCAAGGGUAAUUCCCCUUUUUAAGAAUGGCAAACGAAACUUGCCAGGAAAUUAUCGACCAAUUUCUGUAUUGCCAGCCAUUAGUAAAAUUAUGGAACGUAUCCUAUAUACUCAACUUUAUGAGUAUUUGAGUGCAAAUAACAUACAUUCUGAACAUCAAUUUGGUUUCAGAAAAUUUCAUUCAACUGCAACAGCUUUACUUGAUUGCACAAAUGAUUGGUACAUAAACAUGGAUAGAAACUUUUUAAUUUGGUUGUAUUUGUAGACUUAAAAAAAGCCUUUGAUACUGUUGACCAUGAAAUCUUAUUGCAAAAACUAAAACUAGUUGGAAUCACAGGAAGUGCAUUUCUAUUACUCAAAUCAUACUUAACUGGUCGUACUCAAAGAUGUGAAGUCAAUGGAUCUAUUUCAGGGGAAAACGACGUCAAAUGUGGUGUACCCCAGGGGUCUAUAUUGGGACCACUAUUCUUCUUACUCUAUAUUAAUGAUCUACCUGCAUGUCUGAGUAAAACAAAACCACGGCUGUUUGCUGAUGAUACAAAUAUCACAGCAGCUGGAGAAUGCUUAAGUGAUCUUGAAGAUGCAGUAAACUCAGAUUUAGAAAUGCUUCGUAAAUGGCUCAUGGCAAGCAAACUGAGCUUGAAUGUGGCGAAAACUGAAUUUCAAAUUAUUGCUACUAAACAGAUGCUGAAGAAAGCUUUUCUGUGCAGCAACUUAAAAUUCACAUUCAAAACAUACCCACAAAGCAGGUUUUUCAAUGUAAAACACUAG